GUACCUGACGGCAUGAAGGUGCUCGUCACGGGUGGCGCGGGCUACAUCGGAUCGCACACGUGCCUUGAGAUGCUCAACGCCGGAUAUGAUGUCGUCGUGAUGGACAGCCUGUACAACGCGACGGAAGAGGCGCUCAAUCGGGUGAGACAGCUGCACGCAGACGAGGUGGCAAAGUCCGACGGAAGCUUGAAGACUAAGGAGCUAAAGUUUGUGAAAAUCGACCUGCUCGAGCCGGAAAAGCUCGACGCGCUCUUCAAACGCGCAAAGGACGAGGGCGCAAAGUUUGACGCGGUGAUUCACUUCGCUGGGCUCAAGGCUGUCGGCGAGAGCGUGGCGAAGCCGAUCUUCUACUACGAGAAUAACAUUGCAGGCACGCUCAACCUGGUCAAGGCGAUGGAGAAGGGCGACUGCAAGAGCAUCGUCUUCUCCUCCUCCGCGACUGUGUACGGCGACCCCGCGUCGGUGCCCGUCACCGAGGACUUCCCCACGAGCGCGACCAACCCGUACGGACGCACGAAGCUCUUCAUCGAGUACAUCCUGAAGGACCUCUACGAGUCGGACAAGAGCUGGAACGUGAUCCUGCUCCGCUACUUCAACCCGGUCGGCGCCCACAGCUCGGGCAAGAUCGGCGCGCGGCCGGCGGGGGCGGGGGAGUCGGGCGGGGCGCCGCUCCUUGACAUCGGAGUCGCGGUCGGGCAGCGGACGCACCUCUCCGUCUACGGCUCGGACUACCCUACCAAGGACGGCACCGGCGUGCGGGACUACAUCCACGUGGUCGACCUGGCCAAGGGUCACCUGGCGGCGCUCAAGAAGGUGGCGACCAACCCGGGGAGCGUGGUGUACAACCUUGGCACGGGGACGGGGUACUCGGUGCUGGAGAUGCUCGCGGCGUACGAGCUUGCGUGCGGCAAGACGCUCGAGCACGUGCUCGCGGACCGGCGGCCGGGCGACGUGGCGGUCUGCUACGGCAAGCCGAGCAAGGCGGAGGAGGAGAUGGGGUGGAAGGCGGAGCUCGGCCUGAAAGACAUGUGCGCCGACUCUUGGCGCUGGAUCUCAAACAACCCGAACGGCUACGACCCUGCGCCAUAGAGGGGCAGGUGCCGGUAGCGCAGGGGAGGAGCGCAAGGAACGGGCGAGCGGCGGGCGGGCAGAGAGCGAGAGGUUGAUGCGGGGACUCCACGGGGCGGCCGGCGCAGAAAGCGGGCGGGUGUGCGUCGAGCACCCUGCAGCUGCACGACACAGCGCGUGCGUUGAACGGCGUAAAUUUUGACACUCUUUUUC